AAAAAAAGUUAUUCCAUUUCUGAUUGCUUCCAUAGGUUGAGUUAUUUGAAUGGCGUGGUGAAGACCUCAGUUCAAAGAAGGAUGGAGGGAUAAUUCGAAGAAUUAUGGCUGAAGGAGAAGGUUAUCAGACACCAAAUGAUGGCGCAAUUGUCGAUGUACAUGUGGUUGGCAAGGUGAAUGGCACUUUGUUUGACGACAGAGAAGUACAGUUCCCAUUGGGUGAGGGAACAGAACACAACAUUCCAGAAGGUCUUGAAAGGGCUUUAGAAAGAUUUAAAAAAGGUGAAAAGUCUACAAUCAAAUUGGCACCAAAGUAUGCAUUUGGGUCAGCUGGCAACCCAGAUCUGAAUGUACCACCUGGGGCAUCUUUAGAGUAUGAGGUUGAGUUACGCAGUUUUGAAAAGGCAAAAGAAUCUUGGGAAAUGGACCAAGAAGAGAAAAUUGAGCAGGCAAAGGUGUGUAAGGAACGAGGAACAACAUUUUUCAAGCAGAAUAAAUAUCGACUAGCAGUUAAACAGUACAAGAAGAUUAUUGAUCUUCUACAGUAUGAUUCAGGUGAGUUUGCUUCAUUAGUUAUAUACCAGUCUCUUAUGCAUGCAAGAGGCAUAAAACCCAUUUUUAUUUAA